AUGAAGUUCUUCGUUGCCGCUGCCUUCCUGGCCUCCUCCGUCUCUGCCAUCAGGACCAUUGUGGUCACUGACACGACCAUCCGUGACAACGAGGGCCUUCAGUCUGUCAGUUUCACCGCUCUUGGUGUCAAGUGCUCUGCCUCUGGCAAUGCUCUCGGCUCUCGCCAGAUUGCUUGCCCUGGCCUCGACUACGCCUGGCACGCGUCCGGCUCCAACUCGGAGUACACUCUGACCUUCUUCGACGGUGUCAACACUGAUGCUGCCCAGGCCUCGGGCAAGGUCCCCAUCAACUGCCGCGCUGGAGGCAAUGGUGUCAACGACAAGGUCUGCACGCAGACCGGCCAGUUCUCUGUCGCUCUCUAA